AUGAAAAUCUACGGUGCGCACAUCGUGGCUGUCGCUGCUAUGCUCGAGUGCAUCAAGAGUCAUGAUCGGGAGUCUGACGUAUCACCAACCACAGCGAUGGCCUACUCGGCUUCGGCUCUGGCUUCAGCUAGCGAUACCCGCGAUGCGGUUUUUGACGAAAGGAGGUUGGAGGCAUUCGACACAAAGGAAGACGAGGAUAGAGGGCCAAGGUUUGGGGAGAACCUAGUGGUGGACUUGGCUAAAGGCAUUGAAAGGCUCACGGACAGUGUUCACCCACCGAUGCUUGAGACACCCCUUGCCGCAAGUAUAGGAAGAGUGACUUCUACUUGGCACGAAGGAGUUGGCAACAUUUACGUGCCACGCGAUUGGAAGGGGUCACAAGAAUUGUCAGCUGAUACACGGCAGAAAUGGCUUAACGACGAGCCAAGCUACCAUCUUCGAACGGCACUGGCUGAUCCUUCAGCACUAGAAAACCCCUCCACCAAAGAUUUAGUUGCCAAAUACGUAGCGCAAUACAAGACUUCUCGCGUCGUGGAGUGUGCAAUCGGCCUCGUGUCCUCUGGAAAGAAAAGUGAUGUCAAAUUUGGAAUCAAGAUGCUUGAAAUUCUGCUACAAGCUUGGUGGCAGGAGGGAAAGGCUCUCGACUACGUUUUCGAGCAAUUAGGGCUACGCAGCCACUCUUUGGACUUCAAGAGACUUACUGUUCUCGAGCUAUGCAUUGAACUGUGGAACGAGGAAGAGCAUGGUAACUUUGAGCUGGUUGAGGUGCUGAUACGAUACUAUGGCGACAGUUGGUUGUCAUUUUUUCUGUCUGAUGCGAUUCUGCACAGUAACGUAAAUGAACGAGAAAAGGCAACUCAUUUGCAGACCAAGAUGAUGCAGGACUGGAAGAAGAGGGGUCUGUCCGCCGAAAACGUGUACAACAUGCUGGAAUUGGGCAGCGUACGGGGGACUUUCCAUAGCAAAGUGGACAGAACGACCUAUGAGAAAUACGACGCAUUUCGUAAAGCGGAGAAGACGGAGAAAGUAUCGGACGCCAUUAAGACGAAAAAUGGGAGGAACAAGAUGAAGCGACUAAAAGAGGAGAUGCGAGUCAAGAAACGGAAGAGUAUCGACAAACGGAAGAGUGUCAACAAACGGAAGAGCAAGCAUCCAAGGAUCGAAUAG